ACCACCAACUGCUUAGCCCCCCUGGCCAAGGUCAUCUAUGACAACUUUGGCCUCAUGAAAGGGCUCAUGACCAUAGUCCAUGCCAUCACUGCCACUCAGAAGACUUUGGAUGGCCCCUCUGGAAAGCUGUGGUGUGAUGGCCAUGGGGCUGCCCAGAAUAUCAUCCCUGCAUCCACUGGUGCUGCCAAGGCUGUGGGCAAGGUCAUCCCGGAGCUGAAGGGGAAGCUCACUGGCACAGUCUUCCAUGUUCCUACCCCUAAUGCAUCAGUUGUCGAUCUGACAUGCCGCCUGGAGAAACCUGCCAAGUAUGAUGGCAUCAAGAAGGUGUUGAAGCAGGCAUCUGAGGGCCCACAGAAGGGCAUCCUGGGCUACACUGAGGACCAGGUUGCCUCCUGCAACUUUAACAGCAACUCUCACUUUUCCACCUUUGAUGCUGGGGCUGGCAUUGCUCUCAGUGACAACUUUGUAGUGUACUUUCCUCUGGGAACAGAUCUGUACAUAGAAUAUACUUCUGUUCUCAUAGAUAUUUAG